CUGUGGUAAGCUGCCCAGGUGGUGAUGGGGUUAUAAUGCCUUCCUGGCAACUCAAAUCCCCACCGGAGGGCCCUAGGGCGGAGAAUUAGCAAAGACAAGAGGAUUAGUCUUAGCUCUCAAAAGUCAGACCUCCCUUUGGCUAAACUCUGCCUAAGCUACCCACUACUUAUGAGGCCAGAACCAGCAUUAGCCUGCUCCUUACCCCAGGUCCCCACCUGGCAGUAGGUCACAAUGCUCCAGCCGCCCAACCCACCAGAAUGGCUGACUGAAGUGGGAGGGGGUGAGGAGGGUUUGGUGGGUGGGUGCGUGGGGAGGGGGAGAUUUCUAAGGAGCCCAGCUCCCCACUGCCUGAGCUCACCCUUGAGUGUCUGCCAGGGCCCCACCCCCUCCCAUGGUCCUCCCCCCAAUACUCCUUCCCAGCCCUAGUCCUUCGUGUAACCUCCACCUCCCUCCAUGACCCGCCUCUGCUUACCCAGGUCCGAAGCCCUUGCUUAUCCUGUCCCAGUCCCUUCCAGGGGCGUGGGUGGGGAGGGAUCGGGUAGCCCAGUGGGUCCAUGUGUGUCCCCCUGGGGCCCUAGCCAGGCCCAGGUCCUGGACAGUGUCCUAGGGCUGGGGGCACUGGGGCUGACAGUUCGGGCAGUCUUUUCCACAGCUGGCUCAGCCUCGCUGCUGCUGCUACUGGUCAGCUUACUGGCCUUCGACCUGCUCCACCGGCCUGCAGGUCCCACCUGGCCACAGCACACACAUCUCACAGGGGGCCAGAGUCAGGGGGCUGGCGAGGGUCCAGGGCAGCAGGAGGCUCCACUCCUGCCCACAGUGGCAGCCACAGGAUGACUCAGCCUCCAGGAGGCUCUGCUGCUGCUGCUCCUGGGCCUGGGGCUACUUCCGGGAGCCCGCGGCAUGCCCUUGGCACUGCUUGCCCUGGCUUUCUGCCUCCAUCCUUGGGCCUGA